CACUGUACACACAUCAAUUGAAGAUCUCUUGUUCAGGCCGUUCGUUUCGUCCACGUCAAGCUGUUUAUGCACAGUACGUUCGUCCACACUAUACUGAAUUGAUUAUAUAUAUACCAUUGCAGAGAGGGUGGGAGAGAGAGAGUGAGUAGCAACAAAAGCAGCUUGUUGCCUUGUUAUACGCAACGUCUCUUACCUCCUGGGAAGAAACAGAAGGAAUAUGGGUAGCAUAUCAGAAGAAGAACUGCUUCAAAUGGUCAGAGAUUUCAUUGAAUCAGAGUCAGCCUCUCCUAUCUCACCUCCAUCUUCAAAUACUAUGUCUCACAAUGAUCAGCACCCAUAUCUCACCUUACAGGAGAUGAUUCGACGGGCUACAAAGGUUGAGGUUGACGUCCUAGAAAAAAUAUUGGUGCACGUAAAGGAAAUGGGAAUUGCAAGGGAACCUACUGAUCUUCUGAAGAAAAGGUUAGUGGCAAGACUGAAAAUGGAUGGCUAUGAAGCUUCUCUCUGCAUAACCAGUUCAGUUUGCACUCUCGGUCGCUCCAAAGUUGUGCAAUAUGCAGGUGAUUACGAAUACAUUGAUGUCAUGGUGGGAGAGAGUAAUGGUGAUGGCAAACCGGAAAGGCUGAUUGUAGAUAUGGAUUUUAGGUCUCAUUUUGAAGUUGUAAGGCCUACACCAACCUACUUGGAGCUAACUGAUGCCAUUCCUUCUGUCUUUGUUGGGACUGAAGAAAAGCUUAAGAAAAUCAUUUCUCUACUUUGCAAAGCUGCAAAAGAAUCACUCACAGAGAGGGGCCUCCACAUUCCUCCCUGGAGAAAAGCAAGCUACAUGCAGUCCAAAUGGCUUUCCAAGGACUACAAGAAAGUCUCAGUUCCAAUCACCAACAUGGAUUAGGUUCUUUGAAGUGGCCGGAUAUAAAUUGCUACUGAUUUUGGGGGAAGGUUCUUACCUUCUGUUCAUGAGUUUUUGUGUCCAUUUUGUUGGCUGAGACCUUUAACUUUUCAUGGUUUUGGGCUACUGUUAAUAUUUCCGGCCAUCCUGCAUGCAUGGAUUCCUGGUGUUCAAUAAUCACUAUUUAAUUUUAACUUUCUGUUCAUGUAA